AUGAGAUUUGGUGCUCACGUCGGUAUGGGGGGAGGAGUUUUCAAUGCUGUUACAAACGCCAUCAACAUUGGAUGCAAUGCUUUUGCGUUAUUCUUGAAAUCUCCUAGACGCUGGGAAUCUCCGGCGAUAUCGGCUGAGGAUGCUGAAACGUUCAAAGAGUUAUGCAAGAAACACAACUACAACCCACGGACAGAUAUUCUUCCACACGGAUCAUAUUUUAUCAACAUGGCGAACCCAGAUGAGGAAAAAUGGCAAAAAUCUUUUGAUUGUUUGCUUGAUGAUUUAAAAAGAUGCGAACAGCUUGAUAUCGGUCUUUACAACUUCCAUCCGGGAUCACAUUUAGGUAUAGCAGAUACAGCAUCACAUGAAACGGCAGAAAAUGCGGGUGUUCGUAGGCUUGCAGAUGGUCUAAAUCGUGCUAUCAAAGAAACCAAUUUUGUAAGAGUUGUGGUGGAGAACAUGGCAGGACACGGUAACUACGUGUGCGGCAACCUUGAUGACUUCCAUACUCUUUUUAAGCUAUUAAAUGAUCCAAAACGUGUGGGUGUUUGCAUCGAUACGUGCCACGCUUUUGCGGCCGGCUACAACCUAAACAACGAAGAAGAAUGGAACGGUUUUUGGAAAGAGUUUGAGGAGAAAGUAGGGAUUGAAAAUCUAGCUGCACUGCAUAUGAAUGAUUCAAUGGCGCCAUUGGGUGCAAAUAGAGAUUUGCAUCAGAAGCUGGGAUGGGGAUUUUUGGGUCUUGAAUGCUUCAGAUUGCUGGCUAAUGACAAAAGGCUGGAGGGUAUACCACUUAUCUUAGAAACUCCGUUAGAUGGAAAUGACGAAGGCCAUUACGGUGAGGAAAUAAAAUUGUUAGAAUGGCUUGUAGGAAAGGAAAAAGACGAUCCUGAAUUUAUUGCCAAAAGUGAAGAAUUCCAAAAGUUAGGCUUCAAAAGUCGGGAGGAGCAAGCUGCCAAAUUCGAGAAAAAAAAGACAGUGAAACGUAAAAACGAAGGAAAAGCAGACAUAUCGAAUAUGAUGAAGGGGAGAGCUAAGAAAGCGAAGAAAGGCGAUUGA